UCAGCUCUGGGUCGUGGAGAGUGUAAACGCACACACGCCUUUAGUUGGAAAAAGUUGCCCACUCUCAAUUUUCCGUAAAGGAAACGAUUUCAGACGUUUUUUUCAUCCGGCAUCUCUGCUUGCGAGGGGACAAUGUGCGACCCACACAUGUCCGUGUAUUGACAGCGCAGGACACUCCGUGUGUUUGGUGUAUACUACAGUUGUGGUUUUCCCUGACUCACCUAUAGAGCGUAGGCCUAAACAGGUAGACCAGGUAGGCUACGGGAGCGAAAUCCGGAAGAACAAGCACAUCUGAUUGUUCCCACUAUUUUUCUCUUACCUUUGCAACUGAACUUCUCCCAAUAACGUUUAUGCAGUUUUGAUAAUUCUUCGGAGAGAGUAGAAGUGUGAAGAUGACGGAACUACCAGUUCAGAAGAAAAAUAUGCUGAUUCUAGUUGAUGUUCUCUGUGUGUUUGUCGCGGCCCUUCCGUCAGCGGUCUUGACGUUAAUGUUCAGCCCGUACCAGAGGGGUAUCUACUGUGAUGACGAGAGCAUCAGAUAUCCUUACAGAAGAGACACCAUCUCCCACAGGGCAAUGGCUGCAGUCACCAUCCCCUCCUCCAUAGUCAUAAUAACUACAGGAGAAGCGUACCUGGUGUACUCCAAGCGUCUCCACUCCAACUCUAACUUUAACCAGUACAUGUCAGCUCUCUACAAGGUGGUGGGGACCUUUCUGUUUGGAGCAGCUGUGAGCCAAUCACUGACUGACCUGGCCAAGUUCACCAUUGGCAGGCCACGCCCUAACUUCCUGUCUGUGUGUAAUCCCACGGUGUGUUCUGGGUACAUGCUGCAACUCAACUGUACCGGCAACCCUCGAAACGUCACUGAGUCCAGAUUGUCGUUUUACUCCGGACACUCUGCCUUCGGGAUGUACAGCAUGCUGUUUCUAGCAUUGUAUGUGCAAGCACGUAUGCAGGGGAAGUGGACUCGUCUGGUCAGACCCACAGUGCAGUUCUUCCUCGUGGCGUUUGCAUUGUACGUUGGAUACACACGGGUUAGCGACUACAAACACCACUGGAGCGACGUACUGGUGGGACUGCUGCAGGGAACUCUCAUCGCUGUGCUCAACGUUUGCUACGUCUCUGAUUUCUUUAAGCUCCGCCCCCCUCCUCGCCGCCCACGAUCCGAGGCGGCUGAAGACGAACACCUAGAGGCCAAACCUGGCCUGGACCCAGACACACAACUACACAACAACCACUACAACUACACAACUACUUCAGCCCGAACACAGACUAACAACUACACAACAACCACUGCAACUACACAACAACCUCUACAUAACAAUCACGGUAACCGUGGGGAAGUGGCGUAGACAGUAAUUUGUUGGUGGGUGGGCCUGCAGAAAUUUGGGUGGGCAAUUAUUUUGAAUUAAAAUGUUUUGUUGUUGGGGAAAGGAGCUAACUUCCUGCAAUGUUUCCAUUGGGCCAAGAGAGAAAUGUACAGUUUUAUAGCUGUUUAUGAAUUCUAUCUGAUGAUGUUUGCAUGCUUAAGUGAAAAGACAACAAAUAAAUAGAGCCGACCCGUAUUGGAUUUUUGGGUCCGAUACCGAUUUUGGGGGAGGGAAUACUCACAGAUUACUGAUAUCUGUCGAUAUAUUGUUUUUUUUAGAGGUUGAAUGAAAAACAGACCAAAUUGUGCUUCAUAGGAUCAACAGAUACUCUAAAUGAUGAUUUCUUAACUAAAUAUUAUAGUUAACAUUAUUUAAGAACAUUUUUGGUGGUUUACAGGAGAUCCAGUGAAUACAAAGCUUGUUUAGUUGACUUUCUUAGGUGCAACUUAAAAAUGUCUAUGGCAGUGGAAAAGAGGUAUGAAAAAGUGUUUGUGCUAAACCACCAUAAGGGUGAGUAGAUUUACUAGUGUUUUACAGCAGUCAAAGGUCAUGGAAACAAACACUUUAUGGCAACCUUGCAAUGAGAGUACGUAAUGACAAGCACAAGCUAGCUGUUCAUUACGACAAUGUUUUCUUACAGAAACCAUAUUUACAUAACACUGUUAAUCAAUACAAAAUGUAUUGGCUAUACAUGUCAACUACAAAUGGCAUGCGCUGAUGACUGAAAAUGUUUAUGCAUGCAAAUUCUUGCUGCACUGGUUUUUGUCACACGUUCCAAUUUCGCGAGCUAGCUAACAUUAGCUACUUAUCUCAUAAUGAAUGCAAGCACAUGGCCUGAAUGAUAGACCUGCGCCAACUGUCUUGUUUUUUGCAGAUUUCAGCAGAUUUCAGCAUAUUUCAGCAUAUUUCAGAAAACGAACUAAAUUAGCCCACUAGCUAACAUAAUAGGCCCUGACAGUAUCGGUCUUCUUUUUGUAUCAAGGACGAGUGUUCACUUUGGCGCCAGUCCAGUGUUGGCACAUACGUAGCACAGAUUGCUAGCUAGGUAGCUAAGUUUCCCACCCAUGCCUACGCCCACCCAUGUCUACGCCCACCCAUGCCUACGCCCCUGCCAUGGAGCUGUCUGUGUGAGAGAAGUGUGUAUAUCAGUGUAGGCUCAUUGUAUUGGUUGGAAUGGAAUAAAUGGAACGGUAUCAAACACAUGUUUGACUCUGUUCCAUUUAUUCCAGUCCAGCCAUUACAAUGAUCCCGUCCUCCGAUAGCUUCUCCCACCAGCCGCCACUGGUGUGUAUAACCACCCACAUGCAUUUUAACUUUGUAUUUUAUUUUAAUACAACGUACUAAAAGUACGGCGGAUGAAACCGUUUUAGCAGAGAGAAAGACGUACUGUGUAGUUCCCUAGAUUUCAAUUAUGCUAACAGGAAACACUGCAACAACAGUUUUACAUUUAGUUAUGAUUAAUGUAUAUUUCCUUUGUGCAGCAGCAUCAACCAGGUCUUCCUGGUGUUUUGUAGUUUUUUUGAGUGUCCUUUUUUUGUUGUUCCCGCCCACCACCAACCUUCCUGAUUUAACUAGUUGUUAAGACCUUGAUUAGCUGAAUCGGGUGGGUUAGUGUGCUCAUCCUGUAGUUCUCCAGGAGGGGGGGGAAGGCCAAUGGUCUGGAGUUCAGUGUUAGGUCUACUGAUACCUAACAUGUCUGUAGAAGACAUGCAUGUACAGUAUAUGGAAUGUAAAACAGUUGCAUAGAUAAUUACUUUCUAACUGUUUAUUUCUGUCGUAUCUCUAAGAUUGUAAUACCACUACUAGCCCACUGUGAUGUUUUUCUUAUGUUAUUGACGCAACUUGUAUUAGUUACUCCAGUUUAUUAUAUAUAAAGCUGUGUAUAACCUGCCUACCUGCAUGUGCACACAGUAGGUCCUGUGAGAUCAUGAUUCCAUGUCCUGCCUUUGAAAUGUUAAUGAUAAUCGUCAGUGUGUCAAUGAUUGAGUCGCUCACUGAGAUGUUCUCUGAAAAACAAAUUACAGUUCUGCAAAGGGUUAAUAUAUAUACACUAUAUGACCAAAAGUAUGUGGACACCUGCUCGCCGAACAUCUCAUUCUGAAAUCAUGGGCAUUAAUAUGGAGUUGGUCCUCCCUUUGCUGCUAUAACAGCCUCCAAUCUUCUGGGAAGGCUUUCCACUAGAUGUUGGAACAUUGCUACGGGGACUUGCUUCCAUUCAGCCACCAGCAUUAGUGAGGUUGGGCACUGAUGUUAGGCGAUUAUGCCCGGUUUACAGUCGGUGUUACAAUUAAUCUCAAAGAUGUCCGAUGGGGUUGAGGUCAGGGCUCUGUGCAGGCCAGUCAAUUUCUUCCACACCAAUCUCGACAAACCAUUUCUGUAUGGGCCUCGCCUUGUGCAUGGGUGCAUUGUCAUGCUGAAACAGGAAAGGGCCUUCCCCAAACUGUUGCCACAAUGUUAGAAGCACAAUUGUCUAGAAUGUCAGCCCCAGACCAUUAUUCCUCCUCCACCAAACUUUACAGUUGGCACUAUGCAUUGGGGCAGGUAGCGUUCUCCUGGCAUCUGCCAAACCCAGAUUCGUCCGUCGGACUGUCAGAUGGUGAAGCGUGCCAGAGUCCAAUUGCGAGCUUUACACCACUCCAGCUGACGCUUGGCAUUGCACAUGGUGAUCUUAGGCUUGUGUGCUGCUGCUCGGCCAUGGAAACACAUUUCAUGAAGCUCCAGAUAAACAGUUCUUGUGUUGACGUUGCUUCCAGAGGUGGUUUGGAACUCGGUAGUGAGUGUUGCAACCGAGGACAAGCAGUCCCGUUCUGUGAGCUUGUGUGGCCUACCACUUUGUAGCUGAGCCAUUGUUUCUCCUAGACAUUUCCACUCACAAUAACAGCACUUACAGUUGACUGGGGCAUCUCUAGCAGGGCAGAAAUUUGACGAACUGACUUGUUGAAAUGGUGGCAUCCUAUUACGGUGCCACGUUGAAAGUCACUGAGCUUUUCAGUACAGGUCAUUGUUUGUCUAUGGAGAUUGCAUGGCUGGGUGUUCAAUUUAUACACCUGUCAGCACGGGUGUGGCUGAAAUCGCAGAAUCCACUAAUUUGAAGGGGUGUCAACCUACUUUUGGCCAUGUAGUGUAUUUUAUUGUGUUUGUAUCCACACUGUAUUCCUUAAUAAGCUUGUCUGUAACAAACUGUAGCUGCAAUCAAAUGUGUGUAUUUCUUCUUGAUGGAAAAGAGAACUUGAGUUUAUGGAAGUAUUUUUCCUUUAUAAUCUGACAACUCAUGCUGAGACGAAAGUGCAUGCAGAACCAUAGAGUUACUGCUGUGGAGGGAUGGAUAAACGGAUGGAUAGGAUGUCUUCAACUUCAUGGAUUCAUCCAUGUCAUUCACUAGGACUUUCCCAAUGUUGGUUGGAGUGAGGGCACACCAGACCCAGUGAUGAAGACACUUGCACAUGUUGUCAUAUCUUUAUUUCAAUUAGUUUUGUUUUAUUUCUCUGUGUUGCUUUUUUUUGUAGUUUAUGCAUAAAGAUAAACUAAUAUGUCCAUUGUG